CGUUUAGUUAAAUAUCAUUCGGUUAACGUAUGGUUUAAAGAUGGCCAGUAAAACGAUGGCAAAAGGGAGAAAGAAUCCUUCCAGCGCGGUAGUGCCCAAGACCAAACAACAUAUGGAUACAGAAAGUGAUGAGCAAGAGUACACAGCCCUCAGUCGCAAACUUCAAAGCAAGGUGGAAGCGUUGAAAAUCCUACGGUACGAGCUGGAGAAAUGCCGCACGGAACGGGACCAGUUCAAGCUGAUGGCGGAAACGAUACAGCUGCGCUACUCGGCCAUCAAGAACAGCCUGAAUUCGCCCGACUUUCAGGCGGCCGGCUUCGGGAACAGUUCCGCCGUCAGCCUGCUGGUCAAGCAAACGCGCGAGCGUAACGAAGCCCUCACGACGGAGCUGGAAUCGCUUAAGCAGCGCCUGUACGAUCUCGAGGGUGACAUUAAAGUGGUGCGCGCCAGAAACGUGGAACUCCAGGACACGUGUGGCAAGCUGAAGGCAACGAACGAGUCACUGCUGUCGGUCGGCGGUGAUAAGAUGUGGCAGGAAGACAAAUCAAGGCUAAUAGCUCAGCUCGAGCAGUUCCGAAAGCGAAACGCCCAGCUGCAGUACGAUUUCCGGUCCUUGCUAGAUGAAAAAGAGGAAGCCAUCACGGAGCGGGACGCGUACAAGUGUAAAGCCCACCGACUGAAUCACGAACUGAACGUGGCCUUACGGGGUGGCGAUGGUGGUGGUCCGCAGCCCCUGCUGGACAUCGAUGGACUGAUACUGGAGAAUAAAUAUCAGGCGGAGAAGAUUACCAACAUUGAAAACGAACUGGCCCUCGCACGGCAAGCGGCUAGCAAGUAUAAGUCCAUGCUGGAAACUAACCGGAAAAAGGGUAUCAUUAAGCUCGGCAACAACAACAAUAACAAAACUAUCAUGUCUCAUUCUCAAGUUAAACAUCUUCUCGAGAAUGGAACCGUCGACGAAUUGCCGUUGAAAGCAGCGACAAUUUCUGACCUAAAGUCACUAUGUCUAGCGCUUCUAGAUAAUGUGAACGAUAAAAGCCUUGCCCUGGCCCACCAGAAAAAGACGAACAAGUUGUUAGGAUCCAAAAUUGCCGAGCUAGAGCAGCGUAUUAAAAUUAUGGCUGGCUGUGGCGACCGGGCAACACUGUCGAGUUUGUCCCCCUCCCAGUACCUACUGAAUGGGUACAGUUCGGCCACGGUGGACCAAUACCCAGAUCCGGAGGAUAUCAUCAGCCAUCGAAGUGAUUCGAACGGUGACACCAACACUCCCCGGAUCGUUACGACGCUAGAGGGUGCUCCCCCGGAAGGAACAAGUUCCAGCGGUCCGUCGCAGAGUGGAAAUCGAACCGAGCCACUAUCGUCGUGCUCAAACAAGAGUGGUGCGCUCAGCUAUUCCGAAGAGGGCGAUGAUGAUGACGGCGAAAACGAUUGCGAUGGAGACAUAGACCACGCCACGGACGAUAGUGCGGCAACGUCCGCUUCCAACACGGAAGAGCUCAAGGCAGCGAUAGCACAGCUGGUGGCGUCGGUGGAACGAGAUCUCAACGUGGAUGAAAAGCUUCCCCAACUGCCGGACGAUAUAGCGGCACUCAUAGAGCAGUUGAAAGAUUCGGCCGAUAAGGUGCAAUGAUUACGUUUUAGAAUACGAAUUGAGCGUUACUAAUCCUCUCCUAGUGUGCAGGAAGGUGUGUAAGUGUACAACAGGAAAACAAACCUUCCGAAUACAGGGAGGUCGUCAUGUCUGUUUCGUUUUCCUCCUUCUCUUCCCACUAUUUAUAAUCCACAUUAUAUUCUAUGGAGAAAACUUCAUCUCUGUGCUAACUCCUUGGCAAUCUUUGAUCCCCCAUACUCCCGUCAGGCGGUCGUGAUCGAAUCCGCCUGAAACUGAUUAUACCGCACGUCGUGACGACACACGUUGAGGCGAAUCUGCGAUCCGGUGCUCCCGGAUCGCGAAGUGUUAUGCAAAAUAA